AUGGCGCGUUCGUCUCCUGUGGUGUCUCUUAUGCUCUUGGGCCUCGUCGCCCUCUGCGGUCAGCGCUUCCUGCAGUCCUUCGUGGGGCCCAGCGGAACGACGCAGCGGGCGCCGUCGGUAGCAAGGCGGGCGGAGGCAGAGGAGGAGGAAGUCGAGGAGUACGUCCCGGCGCCCGGGGAUCGAUUGAAACUCAAGGUGCUAUCUCCCGAGGGCGACGGCAUCAGCGUGGCCUGCUCCGAGGUUAUUUUGCCCAGCGCCACCGGACAGCUCGGCAUUUUGGCCAACCACGCCCCUAUGAUGUCGGCAUUGGACACCGGUGUCCUUCGCUUCAAAGAGGAUGGCAAGUGGAAACCGCUGGUGGUCACGGGCGGUUUCGCAACGGUGGACUCCAACCAGCUGUCGGUGCUGGUGAACGACUUUGAGAAGGCGGAAAACAUUGACAUGACGGAAGCGCAGAGUGAGAUGGAUAGCGCAACGUCCAUGCUCGAGAAGGCUGACUCUAAGAAGGACAAGUUGGAAGCCACUGCGAAGGUGAAGAGGGCUGCAGCACGUUUGCAGGCCGCCAUGUUUGCUUCCAAGAAAUGA